AAUUCUAUCUCAUUUCUCUUUCUAGAAAUGUCUUCUCUUCUCUUCUUUUCCAUAUAUAAAUCAACCAAACUCCUCCUUUCCGGUGGCUAAUUGAAUUGAUAUCAACUUCACUGUAUCAACAAACACCAAUUCCAAAAUGUCUCAGGCUCUCUCCAGUAUAAGCAUCUCCCUUCCUUUAUCUUACAAAACUACCAUAAAUUCAAGAAAACCCCACCUUUUCUCCCCAAAUAAUGGAGGCUUCAGCCGCAACAAUUUCACCGUCAAGGCCUUGGCCGGAGAAAACCGAGACAACCUGGAUCAUUUGCAGCGAGCCAGCUCCAAACACCAACAACCCCAACCCCGGAAACGCGUUGCCCCUGUUGCACCAAUAGGGUUAUGGGACCGGUUUCCUACGGCAAGAACGGUGCAGCAGAUGAUGGAGACGAUGGAUAGGAUGGUGGAGGAUCCAUUUACAUAUUCCGGGACAUGGCUCUCACCUCUACCAAGCGAGACAGGUGGUUACAGCAGAGGAAGAACGCCAUGGGAGAUAAAAGAAGGAGAACGCGAGUACAAGAUGAGGUUUGACAUGCCUGGAAUGACUAAAGAUGAUGUCAAGGUUUGGGUAGAGGAGAAGAUGCUGGUUUUGAAGGCUGAAAAGGUGGGUCGAAAUAAGGAAGACCAUGAGAAUAAUGGUGAAGAAGAAUGGUCUGCUAAAAGCUAUGGAAAGUAUAGCUGUCGGAUUGCGUUGCCUGAGAAUGUUGAGUUUGAAAAAAUUAGAGCUGAAGUCAAAGAUGGGGUGUUGUAUAUAACCAUCCCCAAGUCAAGUAGUGAUGGUAAAAUCUUGGAUAUCAAUGUUAAAUGAUCAAUUACAGUGGUGUCUUGAAGCUCUAAGUUGUGCCCUUUUUGUUUUACAGUAUUACAGGAAAUAAAAUUCUUUUUUCUGUAAGGAGAAUCAGUUGUAGAGUUUGCAGUAUGUCAAUGGAGUUUCCAGUGUAGCAAAGUCUAAAUCCUGAAAGGUGAUAAAUGGUUUGGC